AGCCCUAUAUACGCAUUAUUUUAAAAAAAAAAUAUUUUUCUUUGGUUUUAAUUCACAUAAAUUAGUUUGAUCUGUUCUUCAUUGAUGCUGUUGGGGUUAGGAGGUGUGGAUUCAUCGUACAGAAUCGAUCACAAGUUCAAAAAAUUAGGUUUCCCACCUGUGUUGAUUGCCGCCAUUUCUACGUAUUAAUAUAAACUAUUUCUGUAAGAUUUUGUUAAUCAUUACGAAGAUCAGACAUUUUGUUCAGGAAAUUGUGUGUUUUUUUGGGUAUUAGUUGUCGAUUUCGAGGUUUUUAUUAGUGUUUGAUUUCAGAAUUAGGAUCAGGGAUUGUGAUUUAGGUUUGAAACUGGAAAGAUCAGAUAUUAGGGUUUUGUGUAUGUGUAAUUUGGGUGUUUUUAAGAGAUAUAAUGGAUAAGAAGAAAGUGGCAGUUCCGCUUGUAUGCCAUGGUCAUUCUCGUCCGGUGGUGGAUUUGUUUUACAGUCCCAUUACUCCAGAUGGGUUUUUCCUUAUCAGUGCCAGCAAAGAUUCCACCCCUAUGCUUAGAAAUGGAGAGACCGGGGAUUGGAUUGGAACCUUCGAGGGGCAUAAAGGUGCCGUGUGGAGUUGCUGUCUCGAUACUAAUGCUCUACGUGCUGCAUCUGCAUCCGCUGAUUUCACUGCGAAAUUGUGGGAUGCAUUAACCGGGGAUGAACUACACUCAUUUGACCACAAACAUAUAGUUCGGGCAUGUGCUUUUUCUGAGGAUACACAUCUUCUACUCACGGGUGGUUUUGAGAAGAUACUUCGCAUAUUUGAUUUAAAUCGACCUGAUGCGCCUCCGAGGGAAGUUGUGAACUCUCCGGGUUCGGUGAGGAGUGUUUUAUGGCUUCACAGCGAUCAAACUAUAUUGAGUUCCUGCUCUGAUUCUGGUGGAGUAAGGCUCUGGGAUGUGAGAAGUGGCAAGAUUGUCCAUACACUCGAAACAAAAUCAUCGGUAACAAGUGCUGAAGUUAGCAAGGACGGUCGUUAUAUCACCACUGCGGAUGGAUCAAGUGUGAAGUUCUGGGAUGCAAAUCAUUUUGGAUUGGUGAAGAGUUACGAUAUGCCCUGCACUGUGGAAUCAGCGUCGUUGGAACCGAAUUUCGGUAAUAAGUUCAUUGCUGGAGGAGAGGACAUGUGGAUUCGUCUUUUUGAUUUUAAUACUGGUGAAGAGAUCGGAUGCAACAAGGGUCACCACGGUCCAGUCCAUUGUGUGCGGUUCUCACCGGGAGGUGAGUCAUAUGCAUCUGGCUCAGAAGAUGGAACCGUGAGAAUAUGGCAGACAUUGACCGGACCCUCGAGUCAAAAGGGCAACACCGUCUUAGGGGCAAAUGGUCCAACCAAGCAGCCAUCAGCAGUUGAAGUUGGUUCGAAGAUGGAAGAUUUACAUAUUGGCAGCAAAGAUGGGAUCAGGGAGUGAGUAAGGUUGCAGGUUAUCAACGAGUAAUAUAUGUUCCUUUUUGAAAUAUCCUUCUUGAAAAACAAAUUUGAUAUUUAUGCCUUUUUUUAUUGUGAUUUUAUACAUGAAAAUAGGGGUAUGUGUUGAAAACCGGACCAUGGUUACACGAAUGAAUGAAUUAUGACGUUCUUUAUGGGUCUCGGAUGGUAGACCAAUAGUAACUUUCCAUCAUGGUUUUAAGUUGGAUCU